AUGACGUCACUUUCAAGUCAACUCCAGUCACUUCGCACAGCUACAGCUCAGCAUCAGACGGUUGAAAGGCGGCAUGUUUCGCUGUUGUUCGCCAGAAAGGAGGCUGAAACACUUGACAGAGAAACUGUUUAUAAUAUAGGCUGUGCGGGUUUGCGGAAGCUGAAGCAGUUGGACCCGGAAAUCGCAGCUCACAAUGAUCUUUUCGAUGAGUCUCGGCUACAUUUCCAGCGUUCCAUGAUAACAAAUGAGGAGAAUUUGGCACUUAAUGAGAAAAUUGAGAAGCUUCUAUUCCAGCUCUCCCCAUACGUAGAGCAUUUUGCUUGCCAGCAAGUACUAGAAUGGCUCGUGUUCAGGUACCAGGCAAGUUUCCUUAACACAAAUCCUCUCAUUAACUGCGUUCAGAUUUACGCCUACAACGCAGAGAGCAUGAUCCUGACGUUUCUUCCAUUCCACGAAACUAACUUUUUUGGUCGCAUGUUAUCUAUACUCGAGUACAACUUUUCGACAUCAAAGGAUUGGGCUUUUCUGGAGGGUUUUUGCAAAAAAGAAUACCCUGUUCCAUUCAGUGCCUUGGUGGGAGAAGAAUUCUUGGAAAAGAGAUGUCAUAUGUUAUUCACAUUCUACACGAAACUUCUUAUUGCUGUCCUAGAGGAAUCCACAAAGAUUGACGAUAUGUUGCUGGCUAAAAUUAUCCCGCUUAUCGCUAUUGGAUUGAAGUCAAGCGAAGAAAGGAGUCUCUUCACUGCUCGUGUAAUAAGCUUACUGGUAAAAAUGCUCACAUCUCCAGGCAAAUAUAAGCUCAAUCCUGCUGAUCUUCAAAUGGAUUUUGUAGAUCGGAUGAUGCGUUCAACACACAGUCACCAUGUUCUCCGAGAGUCACUUCGAUUACUUACAGCCGCAGUACGAUUAUCACCUUCCACCGUAACAUCUCACGUGAUGUCAGUUUUCACGUUCAUGGGAAGUGGACUAUUUCGUAAGGACAACGAACUAACCUUGAAAAUAAUCGAGGACACAAUAGAGGCUCUAUUCCUUGCUAUUUGUGAGGAAGAUGGAAAGACACUGCCAACUGAGAUGCGUAUUCGUCUUGCAAAUGUGACGCGUAUUCUCGCUGCUUCAACAUGCGAUAUUCCUGCACAUCGGCGAUCGCGUAUGGCCCAUGCCAUUGGUCGUGCCGUUAAACAUAUUAACGUGUGGAUUGUGGCUGGCGUCCUUGUUGAACACUUUUGCUCAAGGUGGCAACGCUCAGCAGCGGAUGCAGCAAAACGGUCAGCGGAGCAGGACGCGUUCGAUGACUUCGCUCUCGAACUUUGUGCAGGUCUUGACCCUGUAUAUCAAUUUUCUGCAAUCACAGACCUUGUAAACUUUAUUGUGAGACUUGGUGGUGAUCAGCUGACUCAUACGCAAGAAGAAGCACUUGAUAAAGCAGUUUUUGACAGGAACAAGUAUUCGCUACCAAAGCUUCGACACUUCCGCUUCAUGGUUUUGGGCCUUGUUAUCAGAAUCCUCAGUAAUCGGCAAUUAUUUGAGAAGGUGCUGUCAAAAGAAAACUAA